AGGACAUGCGCAGUCCGCCCCUUAGAAAGUAAAUACGUCAAGUUUUGUGUUUUGGAGUUUUUCUCUUCCAUGUUUUGAGUGUUGACAGGCAAUGGUAAGUAAUUUAAAAGUUAAGAGGCUGUCGUUUGACUUGUUUUAGAGUUAUAACAGUUGUUUGAAUAUUUCGGGGUGAAGACGGCGGAGUUACAGGAUGUUUAUGUCUAAAAAAGGAAGCAGAAGGAGAAGUGAUACAGCGGAGAUACGUGAUUGUUUUGCGUCAUGUAAAAAUGUAUGAUUUGUGAACGGGGUUUGGUUAUGUGACAUCUUCAUGAGAACGACAGUCGUAGGAACACUUUGGUAAACUUUAAUCCAAGGCUGAAGUUUAUUUAAUGUUUAACAGAGGAUUACUGGAUUCACUGUGGACAGUAACAGUCAAACUUUUACAUGAUGUUAGUGACCUCCUUCUCCUACAUCCGUCUAUUGUUCUGCUCUUUCCUCAGUUUCAGGAUGAGACUUUAGACUCACAGUUUUUUUUUUAAAAUCAGCUCUAAAAUAUCUCUGUGCAACUGUAAAAGUUAAAACAAAGUACUGAUUAUUAUAGCAAGUAACAGUGAUGUAAAAGUAGUAGUAUUUCCUGUCUGGUGUGACUUCAAUGUACUUUAUGAUGUAUUUUUAUGAAUCAAUAUUCUACUUCAAACUUCUGUGAGGAGUUUUUUGACACAAAUGAAAAAGGCAGAAUUUUUCUAUUGGUGCCUUUUUAUGACAAAUAAAAUCAUUAGAAAGAAGAUUGAUGAUCCCUAAUCUGUAGUUUUUGAUACCUCAGACUGGUGUAAAGGGUUCGGAGUCAGCUGAGCAGUGAAAGCCUCCCCAUCCCUUCCUCUUUUCAAAGCUCUUUGUUUUUCGCUGAAGGGUUUCAAAUUAACCUCACUAGUUUGGAGAUUUUCCUCCAAAUUUCAAAAAACUGUUUCAAUGUUUUGUUGUCCCAAUCCAAAUAUAUUUGACAUCAAAUGUAAGACAAGUGUGAUUUGUAGUAAAAGUAAUUUGUAUUUAUUUAUUCAGCACAGAUUAAAAAUAGUGCAAGGAGUGAACGAAGCCGAUAGGCUUGUACAGAGUUCCACUCCUGUCAGGGCAGUGAAGGCAUAGGGUGGAAAAGACAAAGUAACAUAGACAGGUUAUGAACCCUCCUAUUAUCCUUGGGAUCAAUUUGAUCCCAUUCAGUGUCUAUCAUUUAAAAAAUAAUACUUGACUUUUGUAUUUUUUGCUUCAUAUUUCAUGACUUUUCCUAAUUUGAUGGGGACAACUGAUUUGGCAUAAAAUUUUCAAUAAAACACGAGAUUAACAUAAUCCUGUCUUCUAUUUUCUGCAUCUCAGAUCGAAGAUGGAUGAGGGUGUGUUUGAGGUCCCUGAGAGGACUGAGUACCGCUACCUGGUUCAGGAGGAGGGUGAGGAGGAGGUGCAGUAUGUGCGUCACAGAAACUACAUCAAUCCUCUGCUGGUGCUCUCCAGACGCUGCAUUUUCCUCAUCUGCCUCGGCGUCUUAUCUUUGCUCACGCUCGCUACCUACCUGGGUUACAUUGCCCAGACGCUGCCGCCUGGCCUCGCGCAGGUGACCGUAGACUGCUGGGAGUUCAGAGGAAGACACGUAAGUUCUGGAACUGGGUUUAGCAAAUCCAGAUUCAGAUUGAUUUUGGACCCCUUUGUGAAAGAGAAACUGCGUUUGUAAACAUAUAUUUUGAGGAGGGGUUUUAAUUUUUUCUGCUUGUAAGGCUCAUGUCGUGUUAAUUUUGGAUCUUUCUUUUGCAGAAAAAUGGCGCCUUCUCCUUUAAAGGAAUGCCUUACGCUGCUCCACCUGUUGGGAACCUGCGCUGGGCACCACCAGCUGAUCCGGUGUGCAGAAGUGGGGUGAUGGAUGCAGGAAGUUUUCGCAGCUUAUGUCCCCAGAUCUUACCCAUGAAGAGCUCAGGGAAGGUGAUGGGCCAUGAGGACUGUCUUUUCAUCAAUGUGUGGACGCCCACGCUGCAGCUGGACGCCAAGCUACCUGUCGUGGUGUGGAUCCACGGAGGAUGGCUGAUGGCGUUGAGUGGAGGAGAGCCGGGAUACUCGCCCACAGAGAAGCUCGCCGCUGACACUGAGAUAGUUUAUGUCAGCUUCAACUACAGACUCAACGCCUUUGGAUUCCUCGCCCUGGAGAUCCUGAGAGAAGGGUCUCCUAAAAACACCUCAGGUCAGUGUGAACACAUAAACACUUCACCAAAUCCUAUUUUUAGAAAGGAUCCAGGUGGAAUAUAACAUCAAAUCAUGAGUGACUUUAGAGAAAAGGCGUGUUUUGGGUGGAAAAGGCCUUUUAAAGAAGCAUUGGCUGAUCAGAUAGAGGGAGGUGAGCGUUGAUUGGUCUGUGUUGAUCCUCCAAUCACCAGGUGUCACUGUUAUGAAGGAAACCUGAAUUGAAGGACUCCAGGAUUUAAUUUAAUCCAGAUAGUUGAAUCACAUGUGCUGUCAAAGUUUUAAGUUCUUCAUUCUGAACUUCAGUACAAAGUUCUGUGAAACCUUUAUCCCACCUCUGUUUGAAUCCACGAUCACCAGCCCCAGGUCUGAAUCCAGAGUCCAGAAACAGGCUGAAUUAACACUUUAAUAUCCCUCUCUGUAUUAAAAUCCAUUAUAAUUAUAUCCCAGAUAUUCAGGGUUUGUUUGAUGGAUUCAUUAUCACUUUAUUUAUUAAAUUUGUUCAUCAUCAGUCCCACAACGAGAGGCUCCAACUGUGCGACUGGAAUGACAGUGACAGAUGAAAUGAGAGUGACUGUAUGGAUUAAAUCACCCUGAAUAACUCACUGUGGAGUUCAUUUACAGUUUCAUUAAAUUCUAUUAGGUUACAUUUUACAAAAUUUCAUAAACAAAAAGAAGAAAAAAUUCUAGUUUAUGACACUGAAAUUUGUCUAACUGCGCUCACAUUUUACUGUUAAAAGUAGGGUAGUCAGAAUCUGAGAAAGUGUCAAUCUUGAAUGUAAACUCUACCCCUCCCAACCAGUUUUCCCCUCAGCUCCUCCUCUCCCCUCAAGCCCCGCCCACAAACAGACGCUCCUGCUCGCUCGUAUCGUUCCAAUUAAAUUCCGAUAUAAUGCAGAUAAAUACUUCAGAUCAUUACAAAUGGGGCCCAGUCAAGGUGAAAGUCAAAAGCAUUGGUGCUACUGUAGAUGCCAACAGACUACCAGCAAACACAAUGUUUGCAGGACUUCUACAACUAGGAUAAAGUGACAUAGUCCAGGACCCGAGGGAGGACAGUUUAGCGAUGGCGCUACAACACGCUACAGCAGGUCCGUUUGACAAGAAACACUUCUGUUACAGACACUUGUCUUACUUUGUUAAAGCGGUUUACCUGUCCAGCAGAAAGGUUACAGGGUCACCAAGAUCCCCAAGCGUCCCCCAUCGUUUAUGUUGACCCGGCUUUUUAGCUCUUGUCCGGUCUACCUCCGUUUUAAGCGCCCGUUAUUCCUCCAGAGUCUCCGGUAUUUACUUUGUUAUCUUGCUUGUGUCGGCAGUCGUGGCCAAAGGAGGAUUCAGACAAUUUUCCGAUAAUGUAACUUUGUUUGGGCUCCUGAACGACACGGGGCAGCAGCGUCAGGAUAGGAGAGGCGGGGAACGGCUUUGUUUACAGUCAGAAAGAGCGGACCGCUCAAAAAUGUUCAAAUGUUGACGACACAGACAUAAGAGAACACAGAGAUAUCGUUAUAUUACCAAAUGUCAUCAAUAACUAAUAACUAUUGACUGAUAUUAACAGAUUUUUUGUAAAUACACCACAAAAAAGAAGCUUCUUUAACAGAUUCCUUCCUACCCCACCUUUAAUACAGAGUGGGUCUGAUGUCAGAGGUCAAAUAGCAGCCUGUUUAUAGAGUCGAUGUAACUUUAGGUAAGAACAACUUGCUCCAUUAAAAACUAAAUAAAGCCUGAAAAGUUGAAGAAGUUUAUUGCUGUUUUGCAUUUAUGAAGGUUUUUAAUGCUCAAUAUUCCAGUUUCAGAGGAGUGAUAAUGGGCCCUGCAGUCCUUUCCUUACAAGCUUCUUACCCAUUAAGCAGCACAUUUAAAUAUUUAUAGUGUUUGCAUUGUGCUUCCAGUCUGAUUGAUUCUUGCACAGGAGUCUAUACUGUUCCAGUAGGAGGUGAAUUCUUAAUGAAUGUUAAUGCAGGACGGAUAAAUGGAGCUGAUUUCUGAGCCUGUUCUCGGAGUUCAUGUCGAGUCUUCACCCUCUGCUGGACCUGAAUGAGCCUGUUGUGAGUCAGGCUGUGUAGUUUGUGUUACAUAACGAUAAAACGCCUCAUUUUGCUCUUGAUGUGUGAUGACCUGUUAAAUCUGAGAGCUUGCGUGACACGAUGGCGUGACGGCGCGGGGCAGGAGUCCUCCUCAUGAUACUGAAACUGCUUUUCUAAUUCUGAAUCCUCCUGAUUGCACGGCCCAUUUCCUCGCUCCCUUGGCGUGAAAAGAGUUAAAUUUAGUUUGAGCUGCCAGGAGCUGGUUCUGUUUCUGGCGCUCAAAAUGGGACACCAGAUAUAAGAGCAGCUUCACGAUGAUAAUCACACACACCCUGCCCUCUUCUCUCUUUUUUUAACAGGAAACUAUGGCUUUCUGGACCAGAUCGCAGCUCUGAAGUGGGUCCAGAGGAACAUCCACGUGUUUGGAGGAGAUCCUGAGAAAGUCACCAUACUUGGACAGAGCUCAGGUAGGAGACAGGUGAAAAAGAAACUACAGGAAAUAUGUCAUAAGAUCAAACCGGGAGAAACACGGCCUGCAAAGCCUGUUCUAAAAAGUUUCACACUUUCAGGGAUAGUGUCCUCUAAAAUGUUUCACCUGCUCUGAUUGGCUGCAGGUGGGACAUCAGUGAGGGUCAUGAUGACGUCGCCCCUGGCAAAGGGUCUCUUCCAUGCAGCGGUGGACAUGAGCGGCUCAUACAUCCUGAACGGGACAAUGCAACAGGCCGAGUCGGACAACCAGGUGUUUCUUAAAAAGACAGGCUGCAGAGACGUGACCUGCCUCAGACGACUGUCCAUCAGACAGAUCCUACAGGUGCAGAACCACUUUUUUAUAGAUUCUGAUGUUCACCAAAGGUUUCUCUUCUUAUAAUCACAGCAGUGUGCAGUUUUCCCUCUUCUGUCUUAGGCAGUUUUCCUCUUUGAUUUUAGAUCCAGAGAGACCCCUCUGAAUCUGAAUCUGGUUUUAUUUCAACUCCUCACACUAAUCAAUAAAAACAAAUGAUCCUGAGAGUCCAGUGUAGCCUGGUGUCACCAGACCGACCAGCCAGCUCAUACUCGUUUCCUGUGGUUCGUCAGGUCCAGGACGGAUCGUAGUCGUCAGACGAGGACACAGAGGUGCUGCCUCAGCCUUUUUGGCUUAGCUGACCUCAAAUCCUCAGGAAGAUAUUUCACAUUUGGAGCCCAAAAUGCGAAUGCUUUAUUAGUUUUUCUAAUAAUUCUCUGAGUCUUAUGUAAUGAAAUGUAUUAUGGGGAAUAAACUAGUCUGAUUACACCAGGUUAAGUCCUGGGCACAGUCAUUCCCAGUCCUUAUCUAAUUCACACAUUUCCAGCACCUCGCUCACCUCUUCUGCAGCCUCAUGCUCUUACAUGAGCAGUGAAGUGGUUAUUCUUUUGUUAUUGAAGACAUUGAGAAUAUUCAUGCAGGUACAGUGUUUAAUAAUUACUGUUAAGCUUUUCUUAAAAUCAUGGUUUUUAAAAUGUGUUUGAAGUCGGUUUUAAAGUUUUCAUCAUGUUUCUCUUUAGUUUUUCUUUGUUUGCUGACAGUUUUGGUAACACUGAAUAUAAACCCACCACUUAUGAUGCAUUAUUAGUAUAUUUUUUAUGUCUUAAAAGUGCAUUUAUCUUUAUCAUACCUCAUAAGUGUUGGGUUUAUAUAAAGCAGUAUGAAAGUCUUUUCUGUGUUUUUCUUAUUUAUCCUGCAGGGUUAUUUGUCUCAGCUUUACCUCAAGUUUCUCUUCAGUUCAUCUAAACUGUCCCUUAAAAUUUUCAUAUACUUCCUCUUGAGUUUCUAAAACAUUUUUCUAGUACAAGUUUCCCUGAAGCUUUUCUCAAGUUUGUUUUCGAUUCCCAUCCAUAAACUUUAAAGUUUGUCCCAGGCAGCUUUGGACUCAAAUCUUUGCAAAAGGAUCCGAUUCUGUGAAGUUUGAGGAAAUUUAGCAACAGGAAAUAUCCCACACAGAAGUUAUUCUCUUGAAUAUCCUCUUUAAUAUUUGAUGUGUUCAUCAAAUAUUCAUUUUAAGGAUAGAGUGAGACAUUUUAAUACUUGUUCUAAUUUGUUCUUUCCUUCUGUUGGAUCAUAAUGUCACGCUCAGGUAUUAAAGCGCCUGAAUGUCUCGGUUUUACUGUGACAGAAUACGAACAGACUGGUCUCCAAACUUAAUGGAAAGAUUCUUUUGGCAGAAACGUGCAGCCAUAACUCCACGCCGAGAGCUCGUUGAGAUGCACUAAAUAAGAAGAAACUGUCAUUUCAGCCUCCGUUCAGCACGUCUCACUAAAACCUCAAGAUUAACCGUGAAUAAUAUGUUUAAUGGCUGUUAAAAGGGUGGAAGCUGAACUUUGAUAAGUGCAGCAGCCAUUAAACUUUUUAUCACUGUAGCUCCUUUAAAAUGUCACAUCAUAUUUCUGCAGCUGCCACUCAGGUCGACUCCUGGAGCCUGACAAGAUUUUAUAUCAAAAUCAGAUUUUUUUUUUUCCUGCGUUUGUUCUUGAAAGUCAGCAGGAAGGACAUUGAUUUAUUUGUAAUAUUAUAAUAAGAGCUGGGACUCGAUUAAAAAAUAUAAUCUAAUUAAUCAGAGGCUUUGUCGUUGGUUAAUCGCAAUUAAUCACAAUUAACCGCAAUUAACCGCAUAUAAAUAUUUGACCUGAGAACAAUGAUAAUAUAUUUUUUUAAUGGUAUACGAGUGAAUCAAUGAAUUGUGAACUGAAUGAAUACACAAGCUUAAGCAAACAAAACCUUGUCUAUUUUUAGACCAACAGAUCGGUGCUUUUUUAUGUCAUAAAGUGCAACAAUUUUAGGAAUGACCAUUACAUUGGGUGUGGGUUGCUGUACUCAGAGUCGGACCAAUGUUAGCCUCCACGCUAGCUGCAGCAUGUUUAGCAUUCAGGUGAUACCGGAGGCUUGACGAGCUGCGGUGAAAUGUGAAGUCUUUUUUGCAUAGUUUGCAGAACACAAUUUUUUUUUAUCCGGGAUUCCAUCUUCCAUCUAUGCCCAUCCACGCCAGAGCCAAUUAAAACACAUUCAUCUGCAAUCUUGUUCAUUUUUUCAUGGACUGGGUGGGACUGGAAUCACUGCUGCACUCACUCAAAUUGGGAAGCGCUGGUAUAAGCGAUAUACCUGAAACUCGUCCAGUGAGAAACGUUCUGCAGUGUAAAAAUUCAAGAGGUGCGAUUAAUAUACGUUAAUAUUUUAAACGAGAUAAUAUUACUGUAAUUAAUUAAUCGCUCUAAAGUCCCGGCGCUAAUAAUAACAUAAUGUUAGACUUAAACCAAAGUCCUCUGUCACCCUGAUGUGAGUCCCUAUUGGACCCGUGACACUCUGAUUGAGCGUAGUUUCCUGGAGAAGUAUAUGAACAUAAACUCAAGUAAAGGAGGAAGUUGAGAAGCAGAGUAUCAGUAAGAGAAAGAGAAACUAAAAGAAAUCAAAUAAUCUUUAAUCAAUUUUGACGACUGAUUAAAACUUUAAGGAAAAUUACAUUGCUCCAUAUUUCUGUCUAAACUCUGUAUGAAUUAUUUAACUUACACGAUUACUUAUUAAUAUAAACUUAAACUAACCCUCGACUCCAUUAGAAAUGACUUACCCACAUAAAAUGGCUCCAUAUUUGAGCAGAGAGGAAAUACAAAGAGGCUUUUAAAGUUAGACAACAGUUAUUAUUACGUAAUUAUAAUAACCAUAAAGUUAUGUCGGGUGGUUUCUUACUGUUGUCAGCAGGAAAUUAUCAUCAUCUGUUGUGAUUAUGGUGAGGGAGGGACAAGCUGUCAGCUGGAAAACAUCCAAAUCUGCUCUGUUUCUCUGCUGUAUUUUUUUUUUUUCAUUUCUUUUUUAUUAUAAAAACACAUUAAACAUUUAUUUAAAACCCUUUUCCUCCUGAUGGCAACAAAAACAGUCUCUGCAAAAUACAAAAACUAUUGAAAGUCUGUGAAGAGAGUGAAGAGCAAAAACAACAACGACACCUACGUCAGAGAGUUCAAAUUUACUCAUCCUCAGCGAGUAUUUUUAUGACCUUGUUUUAGUUUCUUUUAUUUAACAUAAAAUUUUGUUUUGUUGGUUUGUCUGUUGGUCGUUAGGUGAGGUUUGGUUUGUUUGUAGGGUUGCUGAUUAGUUGGUUGGUGGGUUGGUUGAUUAUUUGGGUGGUUAGUUGGUUGGAUGGUUGUUGAAUGGUUGUUGGUGGGUUGGUUGGUGGGUUGGUUGGUUGGAUAGUAAUUUGGUUGGUUGGUUAUUUGGUUGGUUGGUUGGUUGAUUGAUUGAUUGAUUGAUUGAUUGAUUGAUUGAUUGAUUGAUUGAUGCGUUGGUUGGUUGGUGGGUUGUUGGUUGGUUGGUUGGUUGAUUAGUUGGGUUUGUUGGUUUGUGCUAUGGUUGGUGGAUUAGCUAGGUUGUUGGUGGAUUGGUUGGUUGAUUAGUUAAGUUGGUUGGUUCAGGGGUUGGUUGGUUGGUCGGUCGGUCGGUGGGUUGGUUGGUUGGUUGGUUGAUUAGUUUGUUGGUUGGUUGGUUGGUGGGUGGGUUGGUUGAUUGAUUAGUUGGGUUGGUUGGUUGAUUAGUUGGGUUGGUUGGUUGGUUGGUUGGUUGGUUGGUUGGUUGGUUGGUUGGUUGGUUCAGUGGUUGGUUGCACUCAAAGCCCCAAAUAAGGUUGAUGUCAUCACAAUUUUUUGUUGGACCUUUUUUUUCUUGUUGGUUUUUAUUAUCUCCAUAUUUUAUUCUGUUGUGCUGGUUCCGUGUCUCCUACUGAAUGUCCUUGUUCCUGUGGCUGGGAGGACAACAUAGAGACAAUAAAUACUAAUCAUAAUUUUCUAUUCAUACUGUGUUAUACUGUUUAUCUAGAAAUCCUGGUGUCUAGUUAGUUAAAAGGUCUCUCAGUUUUGCCCACACUCAGCCCAUUUUGGUAUCACUGCGUCCCUCCCUGUCGAAUGGUCAUAGUAUCAGUCCAGCCUUGUUUAUUCUCGGCUCUCUGCCCCAGGCCGCCCCUUGGCAGGAGUAUCCAUUCUGGGCAGGAGGAGACUUAACAGACCUGCCUGUCAACGGGAGCUUCGUUGGUCCGGUCGCAGUGGUGGAUGGAUACGUCCUGGAAGCUCCACCUUUUGAUGUGUGGGAGAAUAAAGGAGUCUACAGCGACGUUCCCUAUCUCAUUGGAACAACAGCGCAGGAAGCCGACUUCAGGUGAGGCGUCGCCUGUUAACGUUGUUAGAUGGUCAGCUGCAGCUUUCAGACUGUACUCAGAGAUCUGUGUUUCCUCUGCAGCCCAGCAGCGGAGAACAUCUCUAUGUGGACCUGGGGCGACUACGAGUGGUUUGUGACAGGUAAAAGCUGUGGGGGGGAUGCUGUUGGUGGGUAUAGACAAAACCUGCACUGUUAACUUAUUAUAAAUUAUAGAUUCAAUGCAAUGUUGAUGAAUAUUCUUGGAUUCAAUGACAUGCAUAUAUGACAGUAGUUGAUCUAUAUCAUCAUAUAUUUGUGGAUACUCAUCAUAUCUCACGCAGAAAAACUCCAGACCUUCUCUAAGAGUCUCCCCAAAGAUGCGUUGGAUCUUUAUCCACACUCUGAACCCUGCCCUACCAAAGACCGUUGUCCAGAGAGAGCGUACACCACCAUGGUGACCGACAUCAGGAAUACCUGUCCCAACAACGACCUGGCCUUGAGGGCUGCAGGUAAACCAGGAAAGAAAUAACGCUCAGCUUUAAAUUGGUCUGACACUUGUUAUUCUGCAUGGUGCAGCUUUGGAUCCCUGAUGUUCACAGAAAACCAGUUCCAGAUUAGGAGCUGGCUCUAAACUAGCUCUAGAUCUGUUUUUUCGCACAGCUUAGUCAGGCAGUCAUUAGUUUGUCAGCACUUGUGCACGCUCCUGAUCAUGACAGCCUCUCUCUGGACCUUCUGAGAUUUUCAGACACCUGCAGAUCCACAUAGAUCCGCCUUGUAUGUAUGAAUAAGAACUUUGACAGUUCACUUUAUACUCCUCUGAGUCUGCUGUGUUUUGGUACAUGAAAUCACCGUGAACAGAUCUAGUUAUUUAAUUCUGGAGGAAAACUCUGGGAUCACUCCGUCCUCAGUGAGUUCAUGCAGCAGUGUAUUUGUGCUUCAUGCAGGUUCGGUGCCUGUGGGGUCUGUUAAGCUCACUCAGCGGUGAAGCUCUCAGUAAACUGACAUUAAGCUGUAGAGAGAGGAAACUGCAGGGCAUCCUGGGUAAUUUUUACCCCAUGGUUCAUUGGCUUCUUUUAUUUUCAUGCAACCAGUUUUUUAUUCAGUUGCAGAGUAAUGGCCGAUCUGGGACGAUGUUGCGUGAGUGAGCUUGAGAGCUCAUAUCAUUACCAGGAAAAUAUUCUCGGUCUCAUGAAUUAUUAAUGAAGUUUGUCAAACAGCAUGAAAAUCUCUGAUUUCCAGAAGAUUCAGCUUAAAAACGCUGCUAAUGUUUGACGUUUUUCUUGGAUUGUCUCGGCUUCCUGGAGGAAAAAAAACCUUCGAAAUGUGUUUUUAUCUCCAGAGCUCCUUUUAAAAACUCGAUCAGACUUUUUCUGUAAAUCUUCCCGUAACCUUUCCGAAUAUACCGACCCCUGUUUGUGUUGACUGCUCAAACCUCUCAUUUUCAGCGGCCCUCAACAGCCCAGUGUAUCGAUUCGUGGUGACGUACACGCCGUCAGGACCGGUGAACUCGUCCGGUAACUUGCUGACGUUCCCCAGCCGCUUUUCCUUCCACUGUCUGGACAUCGUCGCGUUUUUCGGAGGGCUGGAGGGCGCUUUGGGGAAACCUCUCUCUGAUAAAGACAAGAACUUCCAGGAUCUCAUCACGCACCAUGUUGUCAACUUCGCCAAAACAGGUGAGGAGACGUUUCACUCGAUGAAUAUGGUUUUUGUAUUUUCAUUCUCACAUGUGGUAAAAUAAUCAUUACAAAAACAAAAACUCAAUUUUAUUUGUAAAGCACUUUAAAACAACCACAGCUGAACAAAUUGCUGUACAUAAAUAGACAAAACAUCGGCCCGGAACCAGAACAUUUAAGUUAGUUUCAUGAUAUCCCAGCUGGAGUCGCCCCCUGCUGGCCAUUAGAAAGAAGACACCUUUUCAAACAGCAGAGGCUCCUCCUGCUCCUUUUACCAAGUCUGUGACUGAAACUAACACUCAAACACUUCUGUCUUACAGGUAAGAUGGCAGAUGAGUGGUCGGAAUACCCAUCAGCCACUGCUCUCCUGACAGACAGCCUGUCCGUGGUGGAGAAGUACUCAGCUACUCGGUGUCAGCUGUGGAAGGAUAACGGCCUGUACGCCUACGCCUGGAUGAACUGACCACGCAGAGAGGACAGACGGCGUUGGUCUGAGCGCUCAGUUACUGAUCGACAUUUUUCACGAUUUCAAUCACUGCUGUAUGUUGGAGAGAUGAUGCAGGAAACCAGAGCGAGCUCCAGGUUAAAUCUGCAGGACUGACUGUGAGUUUUUAACCAAUCAGAAGUUUGUGGGUUUGAUGAUUUCUCUGUUGCUGAAGUUUGUUUUUCUAAAGUCACCAAAAAGACAGAACCUCCUACACCCACGGAGACUUCGCUGAUCAUCCAAAUAUUUUCACUUCAGGGCUCAACAGUGAAUCACAUCGUGAGACGGCCUGAAACAAAUAAUGCUGACACCACUUCCUCGUUGUCCAGGGUCAGUCAAUGAUUAACAUCCGUCUGUAAUCACCAUAAAGCAGCCCCUCAUUCGAUCGCACAGCAAAGAGAGUCUCUAUUAUCAGACAUUCAUCAUUUCAAUGGAAUCAAUUUCCCUUUAAAUUAUUAUAAUUUCAUGAUAAACUGGAGCAUACCAAUAUUUUCAUGAUUCAUCGUAGGGCUGGGCAAUAAACCGAAAAUUUACCAAUACUGAAAUUUACGACAAUAACCGACGUCAUUUUGCCCAAAUCGGUAUAUUCAGUGUCAAAAACAUAAAUAAAUAAAUCAAAGUUUGUUUUGGAUGUGUGUAGGUAGGCUAUGGUCUCAUGUCCCUUUAAGACGCUGUCCUACAUCAGAGACAUGACUCCACCCCAUCCAGUCCGUAACAAAGAGGGAAAGACAGGUGAGGAGAUGGAGGACGGAGAGAAAGUUGGAGCGGCUGAAGUAGACGAAGUUAAUGUGGGAGGGGGUGAGCAGCUUGUGGAGUAGUUAUUGUCCAUUUAUCGUUAUCAAGGUGAACUGAUCAAUAUAUCGGGAUAUUGAUUUUAGGCUAUAUCGCCCAGCCCUAAUUUAACAUUAAAAUCCCAUUCAGGUUUUUGUAUCAUCCUGAUACAGACUACAGGUGCAGACUAUUGAUGAUUCCCAACAGAAAAUCUGUAUGGAAGUGAAAUGUGGAAAAAUUGUAACCAUGAGCAUCAAAUCAAAUCAAAUCAAAUCAACUUUAUUCAUCCGUUAGGAACUUCAUUUACAGAGAAAGCGCCAGUGCAGAAACAAAUAAAACAGCACAUGUUCAUUCACAGAUCACACUCAACAGUCCAUAAUAAAUACAAUAAAAACAUUAAAUACAUUAAAAACAAAAGAUCAAUCAUAUUAUUCCUUCUCUACAAUAUUGUGUGGCAAUCAGCUGUUUAACAGGCGGAUGGAGGUUGGAAGGAAGCUAGAGGUGGCCCUCUUUGUCAGACAGGAGCCAUAAAACUACCAAAGAAUAACCUUUAUAAAUUAAUCAGUAACUCAACACCCAAAGAGAACGAUUUCUUCUUCACCCGCUUCCGGUGAGGAGUGGUGCUGCAGACUGUCGUAUCAUGACUUCACUUCCUUAGAAAAAUUCAGGUGUAAAGAAAGAGCGGAGCACAGAAGUCAGUUUGAGGUGAUGAGUGAGCGAAAGAGCAGAGGUGAAAAGGUAAGUUUACUGUUUUUAUCUGUGGAGUCCCAGGGUUUUGACGGUAGGAUAGUUCUUUCUAAUUCUGGUUUUCUGUAAUAGUAUCAGACUCUUAAAGAGACAAUCUGAAAAACAAAAAACAGACUUAAUUCGGAGCACUUCUUAAAAAAACACAUGUAACGUUAGACAUUUGGACCCCAAACUUCAUACUUUAUCGCUGCGAGUUAAAUUUGGUGCUGUGGCUCUGUUCUGAGAGCUCAAGCGUUCAGGUGCAUCCAUGAAAAGUGAGAGCAAGCAGAGCAGAGCAAAUACAUUCAUGGUGCAGAACAGAGCUGCCAAAGUUUGAGGUCUUACCUGUGAUAUCUACCAAAUCAUUUUUAUAAAGCCUCGAUGUGGAAACACAAACCUUUAUGUCUUUUAUUUCUGCUUGAAUAUCUCUUCAGAUGUUAAACCAUUGUUUCGUUUAAAAUUUAGCAUCCUUCCUGUCAGACUUUCAGAGAGACGUUGGAUCACUUAGGAAUAAAAUUUACCCUUAAAUAUGAAGAAGAAGGGGAAAAAAGGGCCAUGCUUUGCACAGAGGAGUUUUGCAGCUACUCCGUAUGUUUAAGGGAAUUUGACUCGAGGUUGGUGAGGUUGUAAAUGAAGGAACAAUGAUUAAAGUCAGAGGGGAAUGUGAGUCUCACACUCUGAUUAUUUGUCAAACUUGAGUGUUGUUGUUGUUACCUGUGGUGGUGCCUCUAAAUCACAGGAUGUUUCUUUUAUUAAACCUGUGACUCUUGCUCUUUGCACUCCGCCACAGUUAUGUUUUUGUACUUUCCUGUGAGCACCUUUUAUUACCUGUAUAUUUCACUCCAGCUUUUAUUGUAUUAGGGUUGAACUGAAGUGUUUUUUUUACUCCGGUUGUUUUGAAGCGUUUUAGUGGAUCAGAUCAUAAAGGUGGGUUUGGUUGUGUUAUGUUUCUUUCGUCUUUUUCAACAGCACUUUUGCUUUAUUUUUACCAUGUUUGAUAAAAAUCACUCUUGAUAUGCUCAAUAAACUGCAACCACUUUAAUGAUUUGGGUCUUUUUUAUUUUAUGUUACGUAAAUAGAUGUUGGCGAUGUAUUUUAGAGGUGCUGAAAAUCACUUUUAAAGACAGAUGUCAGUGAACACAGAUUGUUGCUGCUUCAACAAAAACAGGGUAAAAACUGUCCAAUGCAAAGGUGAAACCACAACCAUGAUCCAGAAAUCUCUGGACCCGAACCUGUUAAAGAAGAGGAGAGGGGGAAACUUCCUGUGGUCAGAUGAAUUAAGGUUUGAAACUCUUUGAAAAUCAUGCACAUGUGUAGCUUUUUGUCAGCCCCCCGUUCAGUUCAAUAAUAUUAAUGUAAUUUAUAUUAUCUGAUAUUAUAAUGUUUUAUUUUUAUUUAUUUUUUUAUAUUUAAUUUUAUUCUAUAUUAUUUGAUUUUAAAAAAACUUUAUUUUACUUAAUCUUUAAUUCAUUUUCUGUUUUUGUAAUUAAUUUUAUUUAAUUGUAUUUUUAAUUAUUUGGUUAUAAAAUGUUCUCAUGUGUAAUUUUAUUGAUUCUGUAAUAUUUUCAUUUAUUUACUUUUUGUUUUUAUAUUUGUAUUUUCAUGUAUUUUUUGAUUUGUUUUUCAUUUAUUUUUUGUUUUUGUAAUUAAUUUUAUUUUAUUGUAUUUUUAAUUAUUUGGUUAUAAAAUGUUAUUAUUUUAUAAUAACAUCAUAACAUAUUUUUUGAUUUUAUAAUACUUUACUGAAAUGAUUAAAUUAUUUACUUUUAUGGUAAAUUUUAUUUAAUUUAUUUAUUUUUAUGUAAUUUUUUGUUUCAAUUAUUAAAUUUUUGUUUUCAAAAUUUAA